AUGAUCUCCAAAACCUCGAGCACUGUGGAGAUGGUCACGCAAGGAAAACUGGAGAUCAACACAGAAAAUGUUGAAGAUAAAAAGUCAGGGAGCCUGGGAUGCUUUGGUUGGCUGUUGGUGAUCAUAUCCCUCCUCAUCGUAGUAGCAACAUUCCCACUCACACUGUUUGUGUGUGUCAAGAUUGUGAAGGAGUAUGAGCGAGCAGUCAUUUUCAGACUCGGUCGGAUCACUGACAGGAAACCUAAAGGACCAGGACUUUUCUUUGUUUUGCCGUGCACUGAUACCUUUGUGAAAGUUGAUCUGAGGACUGUGUCGUUUGACAUCCCUCCACAAGAGAUCCUAACCAAAGACUCGGUGACGGUGUCUGUGGAUGGAGUGGUGUAUUUCCGUAUUCACUGCCCCAUCUCAUCAGUGGCCAACGUGUCCAACGCACACUCAUCCACACGGCUGCUUGCCCAAACCACUCUGAGGAACGUCCUUGGCACCAAAAACCUUUCAGAGCUUCUGUCUGACAGAGAGGGCAUUUCAAUCAGCAUGCAGGAAGCCCUGGAUGACGCCACUGACCCUUGGGGCAUCAAGGUGGAGCGUGUGGAGAUAAAAGAUGUGAAGCUGCCUCAGCAGCUGCAGAGGGCCAUGGCGGCAGAGGCAGAGGCCAGCCGGGAGGCCAGGGCCAAGAUCAUUGCUGCUGAGGGUGAGAUGAAGGCCUCCAGAGCGCUGAAAGAAGCAUCUCUGGUGAUCGCCGAGGCGCCCUCUGCUCUCCAGCUGCGAUAUCUGCAGACCCUCAACACCAUUGCUGCAGAGAAGAACUCCACCAUCAUCUUCCCGCUGCCUUUAGAUAUGAUACAGUGUUUCAUGCAGAGGAAGUGAUGAAUUGAAGCCCCUGUGAGUUCUGAGCUGCUGCAGCUUUACUGCCCAACGUGAGUUUGCAAUGGGUUUUUUCAUUUGUUUUUGAGGGGGAGGGAAUCUUGUAAUUUUUAAAUGCACCAAAUCUUGUUUUCAUGUACUUAUUGCGUACACUUAUUUAAUACAUAAAUACAAAGUGCAACAUAUACAGUACAGCCAGAACCUCUCAUUAUUGACCACGAUAUUGCAACCAGCUAAGUUACAGUUUCAGCUCUGGAGGAGAGCAAAUAAAUAAUAAUAAUAAUAAUUAAGAAAAAAACAUG